GUUCUAUCUUACUCGAUGGCAGAAGGAAGCGCAAAGUAUCUGAACUUCAUUAGGUUAUCGUAAAAUAACUCACCUCCUUCUUCAACUUUCAAGUUCAAGUUUUCUUCUUCUCUCAUCGAAAAAUAAUAAUCAUUUGUAUUUAUUUUGAAAAAAAUCCAUUGAAAAAAUGCCUGCUGUUAGAGGUGAUGGAAUGAGAGGCUUGGCUGUCUUCAUAUCUGAUAUCAGGAAUUGUAAGAGUAAGGAGGCAGAAAUAAAGAGGAUCAACAAGGAGCUUGCAAAUAUCCGUUCAAAAUUCAGAGGUGACAAAACUCUUGAUGGAUAUCAGAAGAAGAAGUAUGUUUGCAAACUACUUUUUAUCUUCCUUCUGGGUCAUGAUAUUGACUUUGGCCACAUGGAAGCUGUCAAUCUUCUCAGCUCCAAUAAGUAUUCUGAAAAACAGAUUGGAUACCUUUUCAUCUCUGUGUUGAUCAGUGCCAAUAAUGAGUUAAUGAAAUUGAUCAUCCAGUCUAUUAAGAAUGACCUAUCAUCUCGAAACCCCAUCCACGUCAACCUUGCUUUACAGUGCAUUGCUAACAUUGGUAGCAGGGAGAUGGCAGAAACAUUUGGAUCUGAAAUUCCUAAACUACUAGUCUCUGGGGAUACAAUUGAUGUAGUCAAACAAAGUGCAGCACUCUGCUUGUUGCGACUGCUCCGGACACUGUCUGAUAUAAUACCCAGUGGUGAGUGGACUUCUAGGAUUGUGCAUCUUCUCAAUGAUCAGCACAUGGGAGUGGUAACUUCUGCUGUUAAUCUCAUUGAUGCUCUAGUGAAAAAAAAUCCAGAUGAAUAUAAAGGCUGUAUCUCUUUAGCUGUUUCAAGACUUAGUAGAAUUGUAACAGCAUCAUACACAGAUCUACAGGACUACACAUAUUAUUUUGUUCCAGCCCCUUGGCUAUCUAUGAAAUUAUUGAGACUUCUACAAAAUUAUCCCCCACCUGAGGACCCAGGAGUUCGAGGGAGACUCAUAGAGUGUCUUGAGACCAUUUUAAAUAAAGCACAGGAGCCUCCAAAAUCUAAGAAGGUUCAACACUCCAAUGCCAAAAAUGCUGUUCUGUUUGAAGCAAUCAGCCUGAUCAUUCAUAUGGAUAGUGAACCAAAUCUCCUUGUUAGAGCUUGUAAUCAGCUAGGCCAAUUUUUGCAACACAGAGAGACAAAUUUGAGGUACUUGGCCUUAGAGAGCAUGUGUUUGCUGGCUACAUCAGAAUUUUCUCAUGAAGCUGUUAAAAAACACCAGGAAACUGUUGUCACUGCCCUGAAGACUGAAAGAGAUGUCAGUGUCCGUCAGAGGGCAGUAGAUUUACUGUAUGCUAUGUGUGAUAAAACUAAUGCUGAAGAAAUUGUUGGAGAGAUGUUGAAUUACCUGGAAACAGCUGAUUAUUCAAUACGUGAAGAAAUGGUUAUGAAAGUUGCCAUUCUUGCUGAAAAAUAUGCCUCAGACUAUACCUGGUAUGUAGAUGUUAUUCUGAAUCUCAUCCGCAUUGCUGGAGAUUAUGUUAGUGAAGAGGUUUGGUACAGAGUUAUACAGAUUGUCAUCAACAGAGAAGAUGUUCAAGGGUAUGCUGCCAAGACCGUUUUUGAGUCUUUGCAGGCUCCAGCUUGUCAUGAAAACAUGGUAAAAGUUGCAGGAUAUAUUUUAGGAGAAUUUGGAAACCUGAUUGCUGGAGAUCAGCGAUCAAGUCCUUUUGUCCAGUUUAACUUGCUACAUUCGAAGUAUCACCUAUGUGCAGCACAAACUAGGGCCUUGUUGCUUACCACGUAUGUCAAGUUCGUCAAUUUGUUUCCAGAGAUCAGAGUAGAUAUUCAGAAUAUACUGAAGAGCAAUAGUAAUGUCAGAAACUCUGAAGUGGAAUUACAACAGAGAAGUAUGGAAUACCUUCAGUUGAGUCAGAUUGCUAGUUCAGAUGUUCUGGCCACUGUUCUUGAAGAAAUGCCACCCUUCCCAGAACGAGAGUCUUCAAUUUUGGCCAUCUUGAAGAAGAAGAAACCAGGAAUGAGUGAAGGAGUGACUGGUCCUCUCAAGGAGAACAAACAUCCUGCUGCAGUGAUAAAUAACACAGGAGUCUCAUAUACGAAAAAUUCAGAGAAUGCCCCCUCAUUGGCAGUUUCUGCAGAUUUGCUUGGUAUUUCUUCCUCACUGCAUCAACCAACCAUCAAUUCAGCUCCACCAGCUUCAUCAAAUAACACAAGCACAAAUCUCUUAGUUGAUGUCUUUGGUGAAACUACGUCUCCAACUGCUGGAGGAGCAAAAUCAGCAAUUGGUGAUGGAAUUAUUGUGAAAAAUGAAGAAAGCUUAAAAAAGUUCAUCUGCAAACACAAUGGUAUACUGUUUGAAAAUGACCUCUUGCAGAUAGGGAUAAAAUCUGAAUACCGACAGAACCUGUGUCAAAUGGGGUUGUUUUAUGGCAACAAGACUAACUUUCAAUUCCUUAGUUUCACCCCAAGUAUUUCAUCUCCUAAUAACCUAUCAACAAAAUUGAACAUUCAAGUGAAACCAGUUGAUACUGUUGUUGAAGCAGGUGCCCAGGUUCAUCAGAUACUGAAUGUAGAGUGCAUAGAGGAUUUUACAGACCUUCCCUUGUUAACUAUUCAGUUCAUAUACUGUAAUGUCCAGCAGAAGUUAACAUUGCGUCUCCCACUUACUAUAAAUAAGUUCUCGGAACCAACAGUCAUGAACUCAGAAUCAUUUUUCACAAGGUGGAAGAAUCUCAACAACCCAACUCAAGAGGCACAGAAAAUUUUCAAGGCCACUUAUCCUAUGGAUUCAGAAGCAGUGAAAGCAAAGCUAAUAGGAUUUGGAAUACAACUGUUGACUGGUAUUGAUCCCAACCCUGAAAACUAUGUAUGUGCUGGAAUCAUUCACACUCGUACUCUACAAGUAGGAUGUUUGAUUAGAUUAGAACCCAACACACAGGCUCAAAUGUACCGUCUUACUAUUAGAUCCAGUAAAGAUACGGUUUCUAAGGAACUCUGCAAGCUGCUACAUGAAUUAUUCUGACCUCAUUCUACCAUUGACAACAUCUUCAUGUUUAUUUCUGCAUGUGCAGUUUAAAAACCUGUCUGUAGAGCAGGCAGAAGACAAACGUCAGAUUUGGAAAAAAUAUCUUCAACCUAAACAUUAUCUGCAAAAAUGGAAUUUCAUGGUUUUAACAUUUUACGGAGGUUAGAUAUAUGUUGACUGUUUGUCACCUCUCUCUCUACCUGCCACUUUAUACACCUAAUAGUGACCCAGGAAGAAUAAACAACAAAAAGAUAAAUGCAGAAAGAUUUGAUUUAACCAGUGUGUGUUAUUGUACCAUGAUCUAAAAACAAAACAUGACAAAUAUUGUGACAAACAAAAUUAAAUCAAAAGUUUAUAAGGGGAAGUAUAAGUCUAAUAGAUGAUAAAUAAAUGUUUUAUUAUUAACUUUGUAUUGAAUCAAAAUGUAUUAUUGUUUUUCAGAUUUUUUUAUCAAAUACUGUAGUAAUAAAUUACCAAAAAAAAUUAAUUCUUAGGGUCUUGAGAGUGACCUCAAAUAUUUUGUAGUAGAUGUAACCAGGAAAUACUAUUUUGAGAAUGAGAAUUUCUUCUUGCCUUCUGUAUGAUUUUCUUUUUAAUAUUGUUUAUUUCUGUACUAGUAUUUGACAAUAAACAGCAAAACAACUCAGUUUUAAUUUUCCACUUAAACAUUGUUCAUUGUUAAUGAACUAUUUUCUGAACUUGUGUUGUAAAACAAGUCAUGCACAUGAUUUUUUUUUCUUCUUCAAUCAUUAACUUUUUAUUUACAGAAAUAUAUUUACUCUUGUGCACUUUUACAGUUUUGUGCUGCAUUCUUUCCAUGUUAGUGUUAUGAAGUGUUAUCAUAAGUGGAACAACCACUUCAUUUUGUCUUCUAAAUCAUGUAAUAGAAGUAUAAUUGUAAAUUAUUGUCAAACAUUCCAUUUACAAUUCCUGUUCUUUCACAUAACUUAAAGCAGGUUUUAACAAGUUAAACUAUAAGGCUUCUGUCUUUUUUUAAGAUGUGUGCGAUUCUAUAAAAAUUGUGACUAAGAAUUUUGUACUUUAAAGUAUAAGUGCAGUAAUUUUUAUCUAUUACACAUGCUUACAUGAGCUUAUGCUUCAAGAUGAAAAUGUAUUAGAACAAAUAGUAGAUAUACAGUAGAUAAUCAACUUUAAUAUUCUAAAGUAUUCAAUUCUUGAAACUUAAUAGCAGUUAUGUUGCAUAUAAAAAAGUUGCACAUGCAUAUCAUCAGUAUGUUUAUUACAUCAAAUCUAAAUAGAUGUUUGCAUGAAUUUAGGAGAGUUAUGCAAAAUGUAUGUAUAUUAGUUAAUAUAUGUUCUUUUUGUAUACCUUUUGUAAUAUUUUGUUUUUAAAACAUUAUUACAAGCAUUAUGCUGCAUAUUUAGUGAUAAUUCUCAUUUUGACUUUUUGAAAUAACAGAAGCAUAAAGAAAUGCUGUUUAGUUUAGUUAAGGAAUUCAAUAAACACACUUUUGUUCAUGAGUUUACACAUCUGUAACUGCUGAAAGCCCUGCGAGUUUUAGUAAGUGGUGAUGUAUUUACAUUAACUUUUUUAUAUUACCCAAAGCUGUGAAAUACAUAAAAUAUAUAUAUUUGCCUCAUAAUUGCCAUUUGGACUUCUUCAAGAAUAAUUUACAGCAUUAGUUUUAAAUUUUUAAAAAUUGUCGUAAACUGAUUAAUAAAAAAAUUGAAAUAGCAAAUUACUUAACAAUAAAAUUUUAAUAUUUGAAAAUUUAAACCAUUUCUUUAGUGGAAUUGUUGCUAAAAUUUAGUUUAGUAAGCACUGUAAUAAAAAAAGAAUUUUGAUGUUUCUUUUCUCAGAAAGAACUUUGUACUUGUGUUCUUUGUUUACAGUAUUAAAUUUCGGGCAAAGUGAAUAAAAAGUUUUUUCAUCAAGAAAAUUGAAUUAUUCCAGUAUAAUACAAAUUGAAACAGAGGUUUUGUUUUAUUUUUAUACUAAAUGAAUAAUUUUUUGACAUUACGUUUUAGUUUUGGUGCCAGAUAUGAACUAUUAUAGCACUACUGUAAGUAGCAUUUUUCUCCAGUUUUAAGAUUUGUACUGGUUACUUAUUAUUUUGAAAGAUACAAAUUACAUGUAAACUGGAGCAGAUUUACAUCAUAAAUCUAUUUGUGCUCUCUUCUUCUUCAUGCUUAUAAUGAAAUUAUUAAAAUGAAACACUUAACACAAUGAACAGAUGGUCAAAUUUUACAAUUUUUUUAGCAAAACAAUUUAAAACUAGUAUUUAUAAAUUGGUGUAACAUAAUAGUUUGCUAAGAUUGCCAUCAGUUUGCAUUUUGUACAAGAAAGAUAAAAUGUGCUAAAAAAAGUUGAGAUAAAUUAGUUUUAUUGCCACGUUUUCAAAUAUUAAGGUAGAUUUAGAUACUAGAGAAUCAUAUGAACAACAGUUUGUGUAUUAUUGAUAAAAAAAACUAACGGUUUAAGUCUAAACUGCAUUUUCUAGUGCAGUGAUUUAUAAGGUUGGUUAAGAAUCUCGUUGAACUUGCGUAAUAAGAGGUACAAACUGGGCAAAUUUACACGAAGUUCAGUUGAUAUUUUACUCCUAAAGUUUGAAUUUAUAAAACCUAAACUCAAGUAGUCAUGUGAUGUUUGAAAAUAAUUGGUGUAAAACACAUUAAAACUGUAAACAUUAAUUGGAUAAAGGAAAGUAAAAAGUUCAGUGUAAAUGGUGGUUUGAGCCAAAAACUAGUAUAUAAUUUAUAAGUAAGUUUUGUGUAAUUUUCAUAUAAUAAAAAUCCUUAUUUAAUAA